CCCCGGUGAGGGAACACGGAGGGCGCCAUAGCCACGGUAGUCGUGGCGACCAGGAAACCCGGCAACAACAACAACAACCGCCCCGAGCGGACCCCCUCCCCCCCCCACCGACUAAUCGAUACCCUCCCAAAAUCCGGCACCGCCGCGGCCGAUGACCGGCGGCUCCACCCGGCCCCGGCGCGUCGGACCCUGAAGCGAAGCGGCCUCCGCGGGGCUCCGGGACCGGGCCGCGGGGCGGGACAGUUCAGGAAGCAAAAAAAAAAAAGCCUUAUUUAUUAUCAUUUUCCCCACUGUUGGCAUGGCAACACAGGCGUACGUUACGGAAUUACAGGCAGCUCAGCAACAGUCACAACAGCAACAGGCGCAGCAACAGCCGGCGGCGACGGCGACAACGGCGGCACCGGCAGCAGCCCAGCAACAGUAUGUAGCGGAAUUGCAAAGCACGCAGCAACAACCAGCCACUCAGAAACAGUAUGUCUCGGAAAUCCAGGCCCCACAGCCGCAGGCUCAGGCCACGGGCCAACAAACUCCAACACCAGCCCCGCAGCAGUAUAUCAUAGUCACGGUGUCCGAAGGUGCCAUGAGGCCCAGUGACUCCGUCUCCGAGUCCAGCCCGGGCUCGACGGCCACACAGUCUGGGGUGCCAACACAGGUGGUGCAGCAAGUCCAGGCCACGCAGCAGAGGCUGUUGGUUCAAGCCAGCGUGCAGGCUAAGCCACCUUCGGUAUCCCCCCUCCAGCUAACAGGUGUGCAAGUGCCCCAGCAGCGGCUGGUGGUGCAGAGUACUUCCCAGGCUAGCAAAGGAAGCCAAGUCUCGGUGGCCGUGCACAGUGUUCAGCAGCAGGUCCAUUCUCCACCGGAGCACUCCCCUGUCCAGAGCAACAGCUCCACCGCCAAACCAGGACAAGUACAGCAGCUUCAGGUGCAUGGAGUCCAGCAAGUGCCCGUCUCGCAAGAGCGCUCGGUCGUGCAGACCACCCCCCAGGCCCCGAAAUCGGGCACAGUACAACAGCUGACGGUGCAAGGACUCCAGCAGGUUCACGUCACUCAAGAGCAAAAAGUGGUGAUUGAGCAGCUGCCGUUCCUCUCCUCUCAUCACGCCAGUCCCGACCAGAGAGUCAAGAUUCAGAGAGUCCCUCAGGUGCUAGUGUUUGGGACAGCAGCUACAGCUCUUAAAGUGCAGCAGCUGCAGCAGGUGCCCGUCCAGCAUGUCUAUCCCAACCAGGUGCAGUACGUGGAAGGGGGCGACGCCAGUUACACAGCGAGCACCAUACGUUCCAGCACUUACCCGUACACAGAGACCCCUCUCUAUACGCAGAACACAGGAGCUAAUUACUAUGAAUCGCAAGCCACCCCGGCGCAAGUCACCACUCCUGCAACCUCCCAGACCGUGGCCAGCACUGGAUCCGUCCCUAUGUACGUCUCCGGAGGGCAGAUCAUAGCCAAUCCGAGCGGAGGAGGCGGAGGAGGCGGCGGAGGAGGUGGUGGUGGCGGAACGGGAACCUAUGUGAUUCAGGGAGGAUACAUGUUAGGAAGCUCCAGUCAGUCUUACUCCCACACCACACGUGCCUCUCCAGCAACCGUCCAGUGGCUGCUGGAUAACUACGAGACGGCCGAGGGCGUGAGCCUGCCGCGCAGCACUCUCUACUGCCAUUACCUGCUGCACUGCCAGGAGCAGAAACUGGAGCCAGUAAACGCAGCGUCUUUCGGCAAGCUGAUCCGAUCCGUGUUCAUGGGACUCCGCACCCGCAGGCUUGGCACACGAGGGAACUCCAAGUACCACUACUACGGCCUCCGCAUCAAAGCCAACUCGCCACUGCUGCGCCUGAUGGAGGAUCAGCAGCACCUGGCCAUGAGGCAGCAGCCUUUCUCCCAGAAGCAAAGACUCAAGCCCAUUCAGAAGAUGGAGGGGAUGACCAACGGGGCGGCGGUGGGCCAGCAGCCGGGCUCCGGGCUGUCUGACAUCAGUGCUCAAGUGCAGCAGUAUCAGCAGUUCCUGGAUGCGUCACGGACCCUCUCCGAGUUCUCUGAGAUAGACCUACAAGGGAAACCUCUGCCUGAUGGCAUCGGGGCAGAAGAUGUGAAGGCCUUCCAGCUGCUCUACCGAGAGCAUUGUGAGGCCAUCGUGGACGUGAUGAUAAACCUGCAGUUCACUCUGGUGGAGACCUUAUGGAAGACCUUCUGGAGGUACAAUUUGAAUCAGCCCAGUGAAGCCACCCCCAUAGCAGUUCACGAUGAAGCAGAGAAGCGUCUCCCAAAGAACUGCCUGGUGAUACUGUCCAAAUACGAACCUGUCCUGAAAUGGACAAAGGACUGUGACAACAUGCUGUACCAGGGGCUGGUGGAAAUCCUCAUCCCCGACGUUCUCCGGCCCAUUCCCAGUGCCUUGACGCAAGCGAUCCGAAAUUUCGCCAAGAGUUUGGAAAGCUGGUUAACCAACGCAAUGAUGAAUAUUCCUGAAGAGAUGGUCCGAGUGAAGGUGGCAGCAGCAAGUGCCUUUGCCCAGACUCUGCGGCGAUACACCUCCCUGAACCACCUCGCCCAGGCUGCCCGGGCCGUAUUACAGAAUACGGCCCAGAUCAACCAGAUGCUGAGCGACCUCAAUCGGGUGGACUUUGCAAACGUCCAGGAGCAGGCCUCGUGGGUGUGCCGCUGUGAGGACCGCGUGGUGCAGCGCCUGGAGCAGGAUUUCAAGCUGACCCUGCAGCAGCAGAACUCCCUGGAACAGUGGGCGGUGUGGCUGGACGGGGUGGUCACCCAGGUCCUCAAGCCCCACCAGGGCAGCUCCAGCUUCCCCAAGGCCGCCAAGCUUUUCCUCCUCAAGUGGUCCUUCUACAGCUCCAUGGUAAUCCGGGAUCUGACCCUGAGGAGCGCCGCCAGCUUCGGCUCCUUUCAUCUCAUCCGGCUCCUCUACGACGAGUACAUGUACUAUCUGAUAGAGCACCGAGUGGCCCAGGCCAAGGGAGAGACCCCCAUCGCUGUCAUGGGAGAGUUUGCUAACCUGACGAGCUCCUUGAAUUCUCUGGACGCAGACAAAGAUGAGGAGGAGGAGGAAGAGGAGGAGAGCGACGACGAGAUGCAGCAGGAGAUUUCCCUCAACUCCAAUGACUCCAGCAGCCUGACAGCCGAGCCCCUGGAGCCCCCCUCCAAGCUCUCACGGACGGACUCCAGGGGGAUCUUUGUGCAAGCCCUGCCUUCCAGCUAGAGGCCAGAGAGACGCCUGCGUGGGCCUGGAGUCAGAACCGCCCAGCCAGAGCCGAGUCCUGUGUCCAGUUCCUCCCGGCUGCUGCCUAGCGAUAAAGAUGAGCUAUUCCUUGUCUCCGAGUGGUAUGCAAAGCGCUUUCAUUUCCGACCCCUGCCCCGGCUGCCCCCCUCCCCAGCGCGGGUGCUUUGUGGGCAGCGGAAGGCUUGUGCAGUGAGAGUGCCCCGUUACGGGGGAGGCCAUUUAACACCACUACGCCCCUCGCCCCCGCUCCGACCCCACGGGCUGGGUGGCUCCUGCAGGGCUGCUUUCCUGCCAUGUGGGGGGCAGCUCCCUCCCCAGCCGGGCACAGGGCUGCUAGCCUCCAGCUUCGCUGCUUUUUACUUUCCCGAGAUGCAGCGUCUGCCCUUUCCCAGAUCUGGCAGAGAGCAUCAUGGGACUUCUUAACAGGAGGCAAGUACCUGUCUCCACCCCCCGCUGGCCGCAGGCUCCCCUCACCUGCCAGCCCCUCCUAGCUGUCAGAGCCGCGGUCCAGCGGGACGAUUCACUUGGACUCUCACCCAGGCAGCGAUUGGACCAGCUCCCCUGUCUACACGGGGGCCAGUCCCUUUUGAACCACCCCCCUGAGAAGGCACCAAGCCAAGCACAGAGUCCUCCCGCUGGCAAACUCCUUGCACAGCCAGUCUGGCUCCCAGCCGGCCCGCUCCCAGCUUCCCCCCGCCAGGGAAGGUACGGCAAGCCCGUGCCAAUGGGCGGGCUGCGGCUCAGCGAGAGCAGGUGUAGCGUCCUUUAGAGGCUUUUCCUGGGGCCAGCAAGGACGAGAGCUGCACAAUCAAAGGGACGUGUCCCCUCGUUUUUAGUGGCUAAGGGACUCGUGCAGGGGAGCCCCCAGCGGGGCCUGUGGGGGCUGGCUGUGCUAGCCCCUGGCUGACGUCGGAGGUCAUUUAUAAAUGGCAAAGGCACAGUGGCCCGCUCUGUGUCAUCAGAGCGCUCGGCCGCCCCGGGGAAGGCUCCAGGGCCCAGCCCCUUCGCUCCCCGCACUGCUCAGCGCUGCCCCCUCCCACCAGCCGGCCAGCCGGCCUGCACGGGGCUGAAAUCAGGAGUUCCUGGUCAGCUCCAGCCUGGGGGGCGGGUCCUGCUCUGUGCAGCCUCAGGGGUCGCUCGCCAUACAGGGGACGUUCAGCAGAACCCACGUGCCUUAGGGAAUAUGCAUUUGUUGUGCCAUACGCUUCAGCUGCCGGAGCAUCCCCAGGCUGCCGGAGAAGCCCCGGCCACGAGGCUCCUUAGAGAACAGGCUGGGGCGGGGGAGAUGGAUGGGGGCUGAGCGGAUAUUUCUCCUCUCGGCCGCAGUGGGGGAUUACGUCACAGAACCAGUGGAACUGGCAAAGCCACGGCCAGAAGACCAGCGGCGUCUCUUAGUGGGUGAGAGCAGGAGCCGUGGCAAAGCCGCCCUGGCAGCGAUCAUAUCUGGGAUCACUGAGUCUGUCGCAGCCCCCUGGGGAGUUACGUCCCCCUCCCCCCCGCACAAUCCCUCACGGCUUGGUUCUCCUCCUCCUUCCCCCUCCCGCACAUCACGCUACCGCUUGGUCCUGCUGGUUCCAGGAAGGGGGGCGGGGAAUCUCCCUCCCCCCCGGCCUAUUUCAUUCCUGGUCUUGGAUCUCUUCUCUCUCUCUUGUGUAUUUUCUCCCCUCUUGGGGUUGGGAUCUCAGCCCUCGACAUUCCCAUCCUCACACAGAAGCUGUUCUCCCAGCGGCUCUGCUUAAACCCUCCCUGGUCGACCCAGUGAGCUCUGGCUGCACGUGCUAACAGCUGUCUGAGAUCCCGUCUCUGUCUGGGGCUCCCGCUCUCUGUGUCUUCCCAGCCGGCAGGAAUAGGCGUCUCCAGAGAGCAGAGCUGUUUCACGGGCAGUUCUUCGCUCCCAGAGUCUCUGGCUACGUGCGUUCGUUCCGGGACAGCAGCUUUGUCUGCAGUGCAGCCCUAGUGCUCGUGCCCUGUCUGCACUCUGCCCACGGUCCUGGCUCUGCUAGAUCAUCCCACGAAGGGCUGGGUCUCUGCUUCGCGCUCCAGUGGCCACGAGACACAGAGACCUCCCCCGGCCCUCCCCACAGGGAUCCCCUGGCCAGUCUAGCUGCUCUCAGCUCUCCCUCCUGGCCUGCAUGUGCCAGGCAGGGCAGAGCGAUGGCCGGCCCCAGGGAGGGGCUGCUCGGCCAAAUGGCACACGGCCUCCCGGCUCUGCCCCUGCUAGUGCUGCUGGGCUGGCAGCUCCCUCCGCUUGGCCAGUGCUCCCCGUGAGACAUACUGGGGGCCUCUUAGCGUCUCUUCCACAGCACCCCCUUGCGCACCGUCCCAGGAUGCUCUGAUUUCGGUCAGGCAGCCGGCCCAGCCUUUCCUAUUCCCCUUUCUGCUGGGGCCCGUGACGUCCCAGGGGACAGACCUAGGCGAGCAGGCCAAGACAAGCACUCCCGCUGGGGCAGCCUGCCGUGCUGACAGCAAGCCCCACGGGCAGCUGGAGCAUUGAGCUCCGCUCAGGCUGUAGGACAUGGGGUUCAGGCAAGAGCCGGGCUGUAACGAAGGGAGGGUUCUGAGCAGCAUCGCAGGCCUGGGGGGCAGUUUAGAAUGUCUGAACCCCCACGUUGGGGGCUUCCUGGCAAUCAUAUUCAUCCCCAGAUCUUGACCUACCCCCUGACCUCUCCCCCCAAGAUUGUAAGAUGCCCUCUGACCUCAGGUGGCUGGAGGGUGGGAAUAAGAGACUGUUCCCUGCUCUGGAGACAUGUUGUGGGGUGAGAGCUCUGCUGCUCUCUGCCGGGGAAGCCCUGGCCACGGAUUCCCGCAGAUCCAGCCCCAGGGGCAGAGCACACCCCUGAGCUCCUGCUGCUCCCCUUAUUCAUUCCCAUUGUGUCUCCGCUAAUCUCCCUCAGGGUCAGGGCCUUUCUACUCUGAGGGCCAGGAGAGCUGUGGAAGGCUGGGGCCUCCCUCAGUGACCUCCAGCCCCCAGCAGGGACCCCCCUGCCAGCCACCAGCCCAGCACUGCCAGAGCAGACAGGGCAAAGCGGGUGAGUGAAUCCGGACAGGGCAUCCGCAAGGUCUCAGCUGGUCAGGCUGGAGUGAGGCUAUGGCAUGGUGCAGCAUUUUCCCCUUGGCGGUUCUCCAGCGGGUACGGGGGCUUCGGCUGCUGGGGAGGAUACAAUCUGUCCCUCGCUCUCCCCCAGCCAGUCAGAGGGAGGGGCUGGGUUCUGGAAUAAGGGAAGUUUCCCUACACCCCCACCCCGGGCUCC